AUGACUUUAACGGGCGGCUGGGACCAGCAUCUGAAUUCUCCAACCGGCGAGGGCGCCGCCCCCCUGGGCCACACACACACGCCUCUGGCGCUGCGGCGAACGUCUUUCUUGUCGCAGAGCAUGAUCGACAACGAGACAUUUUCGGUGUACGACACCUACAGCUUCUCCCGGGGCGGCUCGGCGUGCCACGUGAUCUCGCUCAAGGAGUCGCAGGGCUUCUGCUUCAACCAGGAUCUUUUCGCCAGCACGUACCAGCAGCUGCGCACUCUUUUGCGGGAGAAGCAGUGGCGGCAAAUGAGCUGCAAGAAGCGAAGCAAGUCCCACGGCGGCGCCCUGGGCCGCCGCCGCCUGCACGCGCCCAAACACCGGCGCCACACCUCGUACGGGCUGGGCCCCAUGCUUCGAGCGGUAGGGACCGAUCUGGCUGUGGACGAGGACUCCAGCGACGACUUGUGUCUUGAUCCAUGCUCCGGCGCGGUGCGGUCGCGUCCCGGGCUGCCCUCUACUUUGGUGGAGCCUACGGGCGUUGCAGAAUACAACCAUGCGGCUGCACGCGAGAGACUGGGGGGUGUGCAAGGCCAUACCAGGGGGGACCCGGGCAUGGAGAGCGAGGACGGUUCGGACGGCUCGGACGGCUCGGACGGUUCCGACGCGCCGCCGCGCUUCUCGCCCAUCGGGCCCAACUACGUGCCGGUGAUCGAUAUACAGGUGGACGACAUGGACCAUGUUCCGGACGUAUAG